GCGAGCAGACGAGGGGCACUUGAUCUGCAAGGAAGAUAAAGUACCCUGGCUACCUGCAGAGACGGUCUCGCCUCUAGAUGCCGAAAUCAGAGCAACUGCAAGGAAUCGUCAUUGAGCUCGAAUACGUCGUACAGGGACUCGGUAGACGGACGAUCGGCACUCGUGCUGCCAGCUAUUGGUUUAUACCACCCUUUUGCACAAAAAUCUUUGAUACGGAUUCUUCAUUAGGUACGAAAGGUUGUACGGAAUACUUAUGGGAUCGAUACGUCAAGUUCGCGCGUGGCCAUGCCUCUGCCUGAGAUCUAGACUUGCCAAGUUGAAUCUAGACGAAAUUCAUCCUUCUCUACACCUCCACUCUUCACCUCUCCACCUUCAGUUAACCAGGGUCGUCUGGCUGCCGCCGAACCUGGUCGAGAAAUUCGACGACAAAGGAUAUCUCAACGGUGUAAUAAGGAGUCACCACCAGCAGCAUGUUAAUGAAAAGCUGCCUAUGCCCUGCGCGUGGACCGUAUCAGCUGAUCAAGACCUCGACGCCCUCCUGAGGGAAUCCAUCGUUGCGAAACCGGUUCGUGGGCGUGGAAGCCAUGGCGCCAAGGUGUGCUAUGUAACAGGGGAGUUUACGGACUCAUCUAACCUCCCUGUUUGAUGAGUCGCCGGUUGUUCUACUUGAAGAGUUUCUAGCCGAUGAAGAGGCUACAAUAGCAGUGAUAAAAUC